AUGCUCAAAUAUGCAAAUUUUAUUCAAGACCUUCUUAACACUCAUCAAGAAUUAGAAAAGAUGUCUAAAGUUGUUCUUAAUGAACAAUGUUUAGCGAUUGUAAUGGAAGGAAUACCACCUAAGAUGGGAGAUCCACAAUGUCUCACUUUUCCAUGUAAGUUUGGAAAUGCAACAAAGACAUAUGCUAUGGCAGAUUCUGGAGCUAGUAUCAAUAUGAUGCCGUAUUUUUUCGACCAAAAGCUUAACUUACCGAAAUUGAAGAGCACGAGAAUGGCGAUGAAUAUGGAAAAUCGAUCGGUUACUUAUCCUCGAGGCAUUGUAGAAUAUUUAUUGGUGAAAAUUGGAAAAUUUGUUUUUCCAAUUGAUUUUGUUGUUUCAGAUAUGAAAGAGGAUGAAGAUGUGCCUAUUAUUCUUGGACUUCCAUUACUCAAUACCACAAGAGCUUUAGUUGAUAUUUGCAAUUCGAAGCUUAGAUUACGAGUAGGAGAUGAAGAGAUAACAUUCGGGGUCAACAAAAAGAUCACACCUUCAAAAGCUAGUAACGAAGUCUUUUUAUGGACGAAGUAA